GCAAGCUUGGUUGCACCGCGGCCCGUUCAACCUAACAUCCCGUCGCACCGGCGGAAAGCUCGCGAGCUUCUGCUGGCGUCCGCUCCGCUCCGGGCCACCGACACAAUCCUCCACAUUUCAGAUAUUUGAUUAUUUUGGAUCAAGCCGUGCUGUAAAGCAAAGUGGUUCUUGCAGAACCUAAGUAAGUAAGUGAAUUGGUGUUCCAGGAUGAGUUAUACAGAAAAGCCUGAUGAAAUUACAAAAGAUGAAUGGAUGGAAAAGCUCAAUAAUUUACAUAUACAAAGAGCUGACAUGAAUCGUCUCAUAAUGAACUAUCUAGUUACAGGAUUUAAGGAAGCAGCAGAAAAAUUUCGAGUGGAAUCUGGAAUAGAGCCCAGCGUUGACUUGGACACUCUGGAUGAACGUAUUAAAAUUCGUGAGGUGAUACUGAAUGGACAGAUUCAAGAGGCCAUUGCAUUAAUCAAUAGUCUCCACCCUGAGCUGCUGGACACAAACCGUUACCUCUACUUCCACUUGCAGCAACAGCAUUUGAUCGAGUUGAUUCGCCAACGUGAGACUGAAGCAGCUCUGGAGUUUGCUCAGACUCAGCUUGCUGAGCAAGGCGAGGAGAGUCGAGAGUGUCUUACUGAGAUGGAGCGCACCCUGGCACUAUUAGCUUUUGAUAAUCCAGAAGAAUCGCCAUUUGGAGAUCUGCUUAAUAUGAUGCAGAGGCAAAAGGUUUGGAGUGAAGUGAAUCAAGCUAUUUUGGAUUAUGAGAAUCGUGAAUCAACGCCCAAACUCGCCAAACUGCUAAAGCUUCUAUUAUGGGCACAGAAUGAGUUGGACCACAAGAAAGUUAAAUAUCCUAAGAUGACAGACCUCAGUAAGGGAACAAUUGAGGAACCCAAAUAAAGUCUGUAUGAUGGGAAUGAACAGGAUUGUGGAGUGUCUUCCUGUGCGUUAACCGCUUAUCAGAAAGGACUGUAAUAAAUUCACUAAUAAAUGACAGAACACGUGAAAACAACUCUAUGGUUAAGAAUAAUCACAUUUAAGGCUGGGAUGAAGUCCAAAGCAUUGCCAACGCAGUACAUCAGGGAACACCACCAAAUGGUUGCUGAAGGGUCAAGGGAUUGCAAGAUUCACCCCAGUCCUAAAUUCAUUUUUUUAUGGUAACUUAUAACUUUACCAAUUCCACACGUUGGACUGAAAAUACAAAUUAUUAGGUAUUUACUUUUGCCUGCUGUACAGAGUUUCUAUUUGCAGUUUUUUUUUUGCUUCAUAUGCUGAUGGUUCUUAACAGUAUGUUUAUAUAUUUUCAGAACAACUUUACUAAACACUUGUCUUUUCCCUAAUUAGCCAUUUUCGAGCCAAGAUUCUUACCAAUAUCAUCAGAAAUGUUAUUGUUAAUAUGGUAUCCUACUGACUGCUGUUAAUGUUAUCUGGAGCCAGUUGUGGAUGCAGUAUGGAUACUAAGAAUGUAAUUAGUAGAAAAUAAUUAUCCAUCUUUUGUCAGUCUCAUUAAAAUUUUCCCUUGUUUAGGAAAGAGUUCAAAUGUUUGUUAAUUCUCAUUAAGUAGCCUUGUACUGAAUUAAAAUCCACAAGCUUGUAAGGCAUAGUAUUUAAACUCAUCUUUGUAUAUUUUGUGGGAAUGGCUCACUUAGAAAUGAGGAGUUGUUUGUAUAUAAUGCAGGAAAAAAAAUAGUAUAAUGCUAUCCCAAUACUAAAGUGCUUUACACUUUGAAAUUCAACUAAUGUGCUUUUAAACAUUGUGUAUCGUGUGUGUCAAGAUUUGUUUUGUUUAAUGUUAAUUUAUCAUUGCAUAUAUUAGCAAAUACUUCCAAAAUCCACAAAUGAAAGUCAUUGACAUCUAGUUAGUUUUAUAGGUCAAUGCAGACUCUGUAUCUAAUACCUUUUUAAACAAAGAACUUCACGUACUUAUUUAAUUUUCCAGAACUUUUUAUUAUUAACUUAGAAAAAGGAAAAUUCCAUAUGCAAUCUUUUUCUGUAAAUAUUCCCUAGAUGGACUUUAAAAAUGUAACUGAGGUACCGGUGAAAAUAUGCUGGUCUGCGAAUGAUGAAAAUAUUGUGUAAAAAAAAUAAAUAAAUGAGGGCAUUUAUUUACUUUC